AUGUCGGCGGACGCGGUCGGCCUCGGCGCCGUCACCGUGCUGGGUGUCCUGGAGCAAGUUUGCAGGAGAUUUCUUUCUAAGUACCAGGACACCUUCCGUCGAGCCGGUCUGCUGUUGGCUAGAGACUUCACACACCUGGAUAAUGACGCCUUGGUCAGUCUGGGAAUAACCGCCACAGGUCACAGGAAGAGAAUCCUUCGAUUGGUCAGUCACAUUCAGAGGGCGGAGAGUCAAAGAGCCAAUCAGAAACCGGAUCUCCCUCGUGACCGCUGUCAGUCGGUGACGGAGGUUAUCUUAUCAGAGCGAGGUCACAGCGCCGCGCCGCGCCGUCAGUCAUCGGGGCCCGUUAACUUUGAGGCGCUCAGAAACAGCUCGGCUCCGAACCUCGGCGCCAUGCUGGCCAGCUCUGACGGCGGCCGUCCUGCGGUGAAGCCGGUUCCCAAACCCAGAACCGUCUUUAACCGCCGGAGGACGGCGCCCAUCCAGUUCUGUCCGACCCCAGACCCUGCCCCGCCCUCGACCAGGAGGCUUUCCCAGGAGUCCAUCUGUUUCACCGUGUUGGAGGGUUUCACCUCAGGGGACACGCCCACACCUGAUAGCAGGUUGACCUCUGACCUCAACGACAAAUCUGCCACGCCUAACCGAAGAGCGAGCCAGGCGGAGCGGAGGAAGCCGAGUCGGAGCUUGUCUCUUUCAGACGCUGGAGGGUUGUUACCUCCCGUUCCCCCGCGGCUGAACCGAGGGAUCCCCCCCGCCACGUUCCAGGGGUCCCCGCCCUCGUCUUCACCUGUACGGACACAGCAGAACCAGACGCCUCCUGGGACUUCCUGUUUCGGUAGUCUUGACAACAGCAGGCUGUCUGGAUCCUCGCCGACUGGUUCGCCCAGAGGUGGCGGGAUGGAGAUGGUCUCUAAUGAGAUCUACUGGGGGACUUUACCUGGUUCUACUGCCCCCGGUGGAGGGAGGAGUCACUGCAGCCAGCAGUCGGCUCCUCCGACGCCACCGAGACAAACACCUGACAGGAACCCAGAGCGGAACAGUGGCAGCACUUUAAGUAACAACUCUUCAGGAUCAGCUCGAGCUUCAACAGACGACCCUGAGGAGGAGAUCAGCCCGUACUGUGAAACUGUUUUCCAAACCAGAAGAAAUCCGCACAUCUGUGAGAUGGGGAGGAGCAGACUGGAGGAAAAAGAGACGAGGAAGGGUGAGGACAAACAUGCAGAGGAUCAUGGGUUUGGGAAGCUCUCGUGGACGAAGCGUUUGUCUCAGGCUCUUCACUCCGGAGACUCUCAGGGUUACAGCACCGUCGGAGAGCCUCCGCCCCCCGGCCGCUACCUCUCCCUGCCCAACCACACCUUCCCCUCAGAGGGCGACGAGGACCUGACCAUCUCCCCGUACGCCAGCUACACCUCGCUCACCGAGAGAGCCCCGCCCAUCAUCAGCGGCUGGCUGGACAAGCUGUCUCCACAGGGGAACUACGUUUUCCAGAAGCGCUACGUGAAGUUUGAUGGCAAAAACCUGAUGUAUUUUGGCAGUGAGAAGGACGUCUACCCUAAAGGAGUGAUCCCAUUGGCUGCCAUCCAGAUGGCCCGCCCAGCCAAAGACAACAAAUUUGAAAUUGUGACGAGUCACCGGAUCUUUGUGUUCAGGGCCGAUAAUGAAGUGCUGAGGCGGCGGUGGGUUGGCACGCUGCAGGAACACGUCAGAGAUCAGCUGGUGUUCGGUCGGCGGCGCUUCGGUCCAGGAUCUCACUGUCAGAAACAUGGAGUCCUCGAGCUGAAGGGAACCAAGUCCAAAGUGUACGCCGCCAUCAACACGGAGCAGAUCUGGAUCUACAAGAGCGAACAGCGUCCGUUACACCCCAAAGAGAAAGUCCUGGAGCAGGCUCUGCAGUGGUGCAAGAUGGCCGACCCGAGCUCCGCCUACCUGGUGGUGAAGAGAGUCCCGAAAGGCGACGGCAUCAACAUCCUCACCUCCUAUAAGAGUGAGAUCAUGAAGAUCGGGUUGCUCAGGUGUCGUGAGGAACCUCCGAAGCUCCUUCAGGGGAACAAGUUUCAGGAGAGAACGUUUCAGAUCAUCAACCACAAACUGCUGCUGCUCAAAGACAAGAAGAGCAUCAAACCGGAGAAGGAGUGGUCUCUGAAGUCCAUGAAGAUCUACAUCGGCAUCCGCAGGAAGCUGAAAGCUCCGAGCCGGUGGGGAUUCACGGUGAUGUCCGACAAACACCAGCUGUAUCUGUGCUGCAGCAGUGAGGCUGAACUGUGGGACUGGAUCACCAGCUUCCUCAAAGCUCAGAACGAUGACCCGGGUCCUCCGGUGCUCAGGCGUCACUCCUCCUCGGAUAUCUCCAAGCAGAAGUUCGGCACGAUGCCGCUCGUCCCCAUCAGAGGAGACGAGAGCAACAGCAGCAUGCUGUCGGCCAAUCAGACGCUGAGAAAGUUACACGACAGAAGGACUCUCUCCAUGUACUUUCCCAUGAAGGUGCAGCAGGACUCGUUCGAGGAGCGUUCGGAGUCUCCUGACCUCCCCGAGCCGCUCUACGAGGAGGUCGGGGACUUCGGUCUGCAGGUCCUAAAAUCUCUGGAGACCAGCUUCCUGUCCAGCAGCGCCGCAGAGACCCAGGAGGUCCCGGACCACCCUCCGCUCAGACUGGUUCCCGUGGAAGCCAGACACGUGGAGCACAUAAUCGUCCCCGACCCGGUCUCUUCCAGCGACGGCUCCGUGGACACUCUGGAUCAGAGCGGAGGCAGCAGCAGCGGAGGAGGUGAUGGGGAAGACUUGAACGCCCCCCAACCGCCUGCAGUGAGGAGGAGACAGCAGCUGCAGGGAGUCUGUACGCCAUCACAGGAGCUGCUCCUGCAGGAGCUGUCGUCUGCUUUCACCAAGAAGAACGAGGAGGAGGAGGAGCAGCAGGAGCAGGAGGAGGAGGAGAGGCCGUAUGAUGUCUGAGAGAAAAGGAGGUUUUAUUGCAGCUCAAAAUCUAUGUAAUUUUCUACAGAGUCUGGCGGAGUCGGGAGGGAAUCAGUUUUAUUGCGACGACAGCAGCAUGUGAUCCAUGAUUAGACCCUUUACAGAAACUUUCAAUAAGGAGCCAGGAGGACAUUUACAAUACGGAGAAACACCGUGAAAAAGGAUUUAUUUUUACCCUCUAAUGUGUAAUCAACUCCCUCAGACUAUGAAAGACGCCUUCGAAUAACUAAAGAUUCUGCUCUCAGAUCUCCUCCUGAUCUCUCGAACUGGAAAAAACCCUGAAGAUUUAGGAGAAACUGAUGAAGACAUUUACAAACAGUCCAACCCUGGAAGUGUUGGUGCCUUGCUUUACCUCCGGUGAGCGGGAAUCAAACCAUCAACUCUAAGGAAAAGACAGAAUUAAACACUUUAAGACUCUGAUUGUUUCCGUUGGAACGCAGAAAGUGAAAACGGAGAGAUGGAGCAGAGGACUCUGUCGGUGCUUCUCAGAGUCGAGGACGGAUCCUAAAACGGUUGAAUUUCAAGAAGACUGCGUCAUCAAACCCUGCUGAGGGACUGUUCCGAUGUCAAGGAUCCUUCGAAUUUUCCAGAGGACCAAGACUUUUCCAGGACGCAUUUGUCUUUAGGCAUGAAAUGAGCAAUUCUUUGCACACAAGUUUCUGGAAAUGAAGGUGCGGCCUGUAGCACCCAAUAAUGUAAAAACUGCCUGAAAAUAUAAUAAUAUUUGCACUCAACUUGAUUGAAAAUGUAAUAAAACCCAAUAAUAUAAUAAACUGACCAAUAAUGUAAUAAAAUGCCCCAAAUGAUAUUGUAAUAACAUUUUUAAACAAUAUUUUAUGAUAAUUUUAAGUGUAUAUCAAAACAUGUACAUCAGUGUGCAAAUAUAUAUCCCCUCAUACAGUCACACUUUCCCACAGACAAAGACAAUAAACAAUGAACAGUAACAGCAAUGAUAAUUUAUAUAAUAAUGACAGAUUAUAAAUUAACUGAAAUACUUCAAUAAAAAAGUAUUUCAACAAACAUCAAUAAAAUAAUAUAAUAAAAUAAAAUAAAGUGAUAAACUACCAGUCCUGCAGCUGUUAGAAAUUUUGCAUAUUUGCACAAUUCACAUUUUAGAGAAUAAAAGCAUACUUUUUUAAAAAAAAAAAAAUCUUAAAUUACAUUGUAUUACAUCAGUUAUUUAAAAACAACACCUUAAAGCUAUGCCAUUAUUAUGAUUUAAGUCAGACUUUUUAUUUAAAAAAAAAAAUGGUCAAGUUAUUAAAUUAUUAGCUGUUAUUAAAAUUUCGAUCAGAUUAAGAACAAUGUUUUAUUAAAUUUUCUGCAGAUUAUUACAUUAUUGAGAGCUACAUCAUUGCGGGCACUCCAAUAUUUGUUCACAAACUUCAAGGAAGGAGUCGUGCCCAGCCUCCAUCCAACCAAGGACGCAUCCUUGACUCUGAGCGGCACCGUGUGAUUGGCUGAGAGGUCACCUGACUCACCGUCAGAGUGACAUCACUGUUGGUUUGUUGCUGAGCGACUGAGUGAAGCAGAGUGAAGGAGCAGGUCGUAGAUUUGGGUGAAAACAGGAGAAUUCAAAAGAUACUGUAAGAACAGACUGAAGCUAUUAUGUUAUUAUACAUUGUAUAUUAUUAUGUGACAUAUCUUUGUAUUCUUUUAAUGCCAAAUAACAAGCUCACUGUCGUCUGUCGUCUAGAAUUUAAUGCGUGCUGUGUACAGUCAGUGUCUUCAGCUCUUUUUGCACACUUUCUGUAACACAGCGGAUGUUUGGAAACCGACGGCUGCAUCACUUUUCUCAAUUUCCUUUCAUAAUUCUUUCACAAGUAUUUGACCAUAAGCACAUUGGUGCAAUUUUCUGUGAAAACAUGGAAAAAAGGCAAUGAACAACUCUGCAAGAAAUGUUCUACAAA